AUGUGUGUGGUUUCAGAGGUCAAGGAUCCAUGUACCAAGCUUUGGUAGGAAAUUUUGCAUUAUUUACAUGUAUUUGUUGCAAUCAGAAUUCAGUUACUACUAAAAAUGUUAGCUGUAUAAUAAUUAAAAAUUUAGGCAAUGUGGGUGUCCAGAAAAUAUUGAUACCCCACCACAGUGGGAAUUUCACUUAGGACCUCCCCACCUCCCUGGAUUUUCCAUAUUUAUAAGAAACUGGUGACCCCCUCCACCCCUCCGGAUUUUCCACAAAGUAAAACAAAGCCCCCCCAGCCCCUCUGGAAAAGUUUAUUUUCAUGAAAAAAUAUUAUCUAAUUAAAGAAUGAUGCCGUUUGCGGUUAUGCAAUGGUUUUCAUUUUGUUUUAUUGAGCGGUCUUGAAUUAGAACACAGUAAACUACCUACAGAGCAACCUAAACUACAAAAUAUUGCUUAUCCCUUGAAAUAAAAGAGAGAAAGUUGUAUCUGUCAGUUACGUACGUUUACCUUGAUGUGCAAGCUUACGAUGUUUUUUCCAAACGUAGCCGUCUCCAUGACCGUAAUGUUGAUGGAAUUAACGCCAUUUCAGCGUGAAUAUGAUUGCAAACACAUCAAACUUUCAACCAGAAAGUAAAGGGAAAAUGAAAAGGAGAAUAAAAAUUCAAGAUUCUGAAAUCGUUACAUUGUAUACCCUCUGCUUCUUGAAGUGAAACUGUCACUGUUAUACUGUUUUUUGAUUGACUGACGCGAUGUGGAGAUCGAAGAAACGUGGCUAGGGAAGAGUGAGCUUGUGUAACCACACCUGUUAUUACACCUGUUAUGCAUUUAUGUCUCUACAGAGACUGGUAACCAGUAAUGGUGGUCAAUAUUAUGCACACGACAAGUCGAGUAUUUGUCGGCCUAACAGGGGCCUAAUUCCUUUUGGAUUCGAAUACGUAAUGCUUUUGGAAGAAAGAAAACCUGGUUUAGAUGAAAAAACAAUAGUCAAACUUAUUUAUGUCUUCAAAAAUGAUUUACCAGAUCAGUAAGUAGCAAUUUUCAUACUGAGUUUGAAAUUGACCCCGUCCAACCCCCCCCCCGCCCUCUGGAAUGUCUUGGGCCUCUGACCUCCCCAAAUUUCCAAUUCCCUCCAUGGUGGGGGUAUGGAUAUUUUCUGGAACCACACGAUAUAUUUUGAAAAUAGUGAACACAGUUAGCCAGGUUUGAAUUCCACAAGGAUUUUUGUUUUCAACUGUUUUUGGGCUUGUUCAUUAAUAUUGUUAAAUUGGUCAACAGUGUGACAAAAUUUCAGCAAAAACAGCUGAAAGUAGUUGGGUAAAUAAGCUGUGUGUAGCCUUGGGGUAAAUCUCAGUAUCCUCCUGAGAGAAGAGUCCAGGGGUGCUUUAUUUCCAUUCAACCCAAAAUUCUGGAAGUUUCAGUUGGUUUGAUCAAAUGGAAUGGUCCAUUUUGGUUUGUUCUGACGGAAAUAUUCGUGACCAGCCUUGAAGGUAGUCCACUUUGACCGGUCUGGUCAUUUUGGUUGGUCAGACCAAAAUGUCCCUCUCCAUCUGACAAAAUUGUUGUCCCUAGUACCGCUCUUUUGUAAAUGCUACAUGUAAUGAAAAUAUGGUAAACAAGAAUCACCAAAAGGCAAUUUUAACUGGACGGCCAAUUUUCCUGGGGGAGGGGGUGGCUGCCCACUUAGGCCAUCAGGCAUUUCUCUUACCAUUGCAUGAUGUAGCAUCUCAUGUGAGAGUUAAAUAGUUACUCAAUUGAACAUUGUACCCUUUUGGAAGAGUUUCGUAACAAGAAAAAUGAGUACCAUUUUAAAGUUGGAGCUGUAUAGUGCCUUUUCAUGAAUUCCACCAUUAUUAAUAAAAAUAAGCAAGUUAGCCAAUAAGCGUUAUUUUACACACACCCCAUCCCCAAUUCCUCUGCUCCCCAAAAUAGAGUUUGACUAAUUUGACCUAACCGGAAGUUCCAAAAAUUAUUGUUGUCAUGGGUCAAAAGGUUGUUAAUAACAAGCAGUACAUUUCUCAAUUCUGGUUCUGAAAACUAACAAAGCAAAUUAAGUUUAAGUUUUGUUUUUGUCUGAUAUUGUGUUAUAAAGCCUUUCUAACUGUCCUAGUGAAUAUAUAUAAUAUUUUUUUUGACAUGGUGAUCUACAAAUGUGAGCACAUUCCCCAGGACAUUCCUUUGUCCGUUUUAUACCGGGGGAGGAACUCUGUUACAUUAACCUCAUACAUAUUGCUCUGAAAUAGUGCACCCCCACUACAACUCCCCCACCAAGAAAAAAAUAAAACCCAUUUUUUAAAGUGGGCUUGCCACAAGCCGCCCAGUUAACAAGAAAAAUACUACCAUUGCAAUGCUACAUCUUCUAAAGUAAUUAACAACUGUUGAGACCAGAUGUACAUGUGGUUGGUGUUUAACAUCUGCAGUGUCUUGAGUUGACAAAGUGCUAAUUGACUGAAAAAAAAUACAGUAGAGUACUGUUAAUGUAACAUAAUAAUAUUAUUUUUGAGAGAGGGACCAUUAGAAAAGUUAUGGGGUGGGGGGGUGGUUGACGAAGUGUAUACAGGGAAAAUCCUGUGAGAGAAAAAUUAAGGAAAAAAAACCAUACAUGUGGAGUACUAACCCAAGAAACAUAUUCAUGCACUGGCCAAAAAACUAAUUCAUGCUACAUGUAGGUAUACACAGGUAAAUGUUUAGGAACAAAAAUCAUGCCAAUCUCAUUCCCAGUGUUUUCGCUGUUGCUUUGAGGAAGAACCCUGAUUACAGCUGGUCAUGUGACUACCUGUGACAGUGGACUCCUCACCAGGGUAGGCUAGGGCCAAUAAAUUAACUUGAGGCAACUGAAUGAUGAGCUAAAACUUGAGGCAGUAAUAUGUUUUCAGUCACACACUAUUUCCUUUGGAAAGGCAAAUGUUAAAGAGUUAGGUUUGUUUAUUACAGUGUUCUUUCCAAAAAAAUUUUGUGAGGAUCGCUCUGAAAAUAUUGAAUUCGACCCAUCAGUAGCCCCGCUUGAUUUUCAACCUGUUUUGUGCAGUGUAAGUAAGUAGGUACUCACUUGACAACACACACAUAGUUUACUUUAUAGAGUCGUAUUUUAAUGACCAGUAAUUACAAACAGUACUCUUCAUUAUGCUGUAAAGAAGUGCUUCCAUGGCAUACAUCACAGAGAUGAAAUAUUUCCCACCUUCUCCAUGCAUAACUUUUGUGAUGGUCCAUCCCUAAUGCAAAGCUACUCCAAAGUGCCAUGUAUCACUUCACAAUGUAUCUACAUGUGUAUACCUUAUGGUAUUGUAUCUUCUGUUGCUUUACAAAAGAUAUUUUCAUCUUGUACUGUGAGUACAUAUACAAGAUAUAAUUGUGAGUUGGAGAUCUCUACAGGCAUUUACUAAUCAUCCACUGCACAUACAAAUUGGACGGGAAUAUUUUAUCAAACUUGUAAAAUAUAAGUUUCAAGGAGGGUGGUUCAUACAAUUUAAGAUCCAAUACCAGCUAAGAAUUAAAGGUCCCAAAACAAAGUGCAUUAAGAUCUAAGACCUUGGGAUUUUUGCUCGUGUUGGCCCCUCACUGUGGAACACUCUUCCUUCAUCUAUCAGGAGUACAGUAUCCUGAGUGUUCAGGGUUUCAAGCAGGCUCUAAAGACCAGAGAUCGUGUUAACGCAGAAAUUGUGCAUUUUUACGCAAGCAAAAUGCAAAAAAUGCGUCAUCAAAAUUUAAAUGUGUCUCAGAAUGCAAGAUGUUGACUUAAAGAACUCACUCCACUUACUUUGAAUCUUGAAUAGAUAUUGUUGUUAGAGUGACAUGUAAAAAAUUUUUGAACAAAGUGAAUUCACGUCUUGGCUGCCAUGCUGGAUUUAACUACACAAAGGGGACUGGAGACUAUUUAGACAUCCAGGAAACUUGAAUGAGCUUCUGCCAUGUUUGUUCGUUGUUUGAUUGAUUGUGGUGGUCGAGUGCCCACUUACAUGUACCUGUAACAUCACAAUGAACUGUGAAAAGGGAGGAAGACGUAAUCAGUUUUUAGACCAAUGGCUGAAAGAGUUUGGAUGGCUGCAAACAAGAGGCUCAGGCGAUGACUUAUUGAUGAUUUGCACCGUCAUUGUAGAAAAUAGUGAGGCCUUAUGCUUGACGUUGACUAUGCUAUUCCGUUUAUCUCAUUCUGUCAAAAAUUAAUCACACAUUAAUCAAAAGUUGGGUUGUCAAUACUUUAAUGUCAUGAUAAAGUUGGGUAAAUACAACCCCGGGGGGUGGGGGGUACUCGAUAUAUCCUUGGGUGGGGAGGUGCGGCCCGGCCCCUCAUACCCUGACCCUGUUUAAGACAAAAAUCGCUGAUUUUCCUACCCUGUUUAAGACAGAAUUCCAAUUUUUGAUACCCUGUUUAAGACAUUUAACCCAAAACCACACGCUGUGUAAGACAAUAAUAAAUAUUGAAACUCUUUCUUAUUUAAUCCAUUGGCAAUCACAAAACUAUUUAAAAAGAUACCCUGUUUAAGACAAAAAUUGAUAAAAUCGAUACCCUGAUUAAGACAAAAAAUGAUAAAAUCGAUACCCUGUUUAAGGCAAAAAUCCUGAAAAACAUACCCUGGCUGGCUGCACGUCCCAAUUAAGCCCUUAUAAGGGAGUACCCCCCUCCCCCCCCUCCGGAAUACAAUUAAGAAUACAUUGUAUUGUCUAAAGUAAAUGUUUUCAAACAAAAAAAAAAGACAAUAAAGCUUAGUUAACAGUAUGACAGUAAUUUGCCCAUCACUCUUUCUCAUAACAACAACAACAAGAAUUUCUUAGGGAAGGGUCACCAAGAUUUUGGGACCCACCCAAAAUAUUUGGCACCCCAAUUUAACCGGACAUGUGGGUCCGAGGACCCAGAUUAAAAAAUCCUAGUGCCAUCCCUGAAAGACCUUUUUAUUAUUUUUGUUUGGCAUAUUUUUGCCCAAUGAACCUAUUAAUGUACAGUGAUUGUGGUGUUUUAUUUUCAUUUUUUCCAAGUGUACUAUUUGUUAUGUGUUAGUGUUUAUCAGCUUUUAUUAUUGUUUUAAAUAUACAUGUACAUAUUUAUAUAGUUUUAGUGCUAUAUAAAUAAAAUAUAUUAUUAUUUUGUUAUUAUUAUUAUUAUUAUUAUUAUUAUAUUCAUUAUCUUUUGGAUGCCUGUAUUUUGUGCUUUGAUAUACAGUGUCUAUUUCCAAGAACUGUAUGAGUCAAUUUCCAGUGAGAAAUUCCAGACUAUUCUAAUUUCAAAAGCUAGUGCCAAUAAAAUACCAAAAAUUGUUAAUCCUCACUAAAAGAUUGUUGAAUGGCAGUCUAAGAUAACACUGCAUCACUGUUGAAGUAAUAAAUUACUUACGUUUCCUAUUCCUCUUACAGAAUCAGCAUUAAAGGAGUUUUAGGAUUCCUGUGAUGUCCAGGCUGAUGGAGGUAAAGAAAAAUUUGAACAUUUGUUAUCUUACUGAGUAUUCGAAACCAAGGUUGAUUUUUCUUUGUAUCUUCAACGUCAAGUUGAGAGGUUUAAAGUUAAAAAAGUUUUAUUAGUGGCUCUGGGUGGUGGUUGUGAUAAUUAAACUGUAAAGUGGGGUUUUUCCAAAAUCUAUCCACAUUUUUGGAAUGCUUUUGUUCUUGCAACUAAUAUGCACGGUAUGGGGUCAUGAAGGCCCUGGUGUUGAGUUGAAGGUGAUAUCCGCCCUCUAGUAAUCACGUGAAUUUGAAUUUCUGAAGCAUUUGGAUCAAUGUUUGUUUGAUUCUUUGAUUCAUAAACACACCACAUAAUUUUCUGUGCCAGAUGCAAGACUUUUCAAUUUGCCUUGCCCGACAGAAAUCUAUUUACCAAGCCAAAUAAGAGUAGAGCCUGAUUUCAGCUUAGUCCGGUUAGAUACAAGUGAUUGCAAAGUCUAAAAUCCAUAUACAUUUAAGUUUAGUUAAUGCAGGUUUUACAUAUGUACAGUGUGUAGCCUUGCUUGUUCCAUGUCUCUUAUAUUAUUUUUGAGUGCACAUUUUUAGCGGAGCUCCCGCGCAUGCGGCGGCACCCCAUUCCUAAGAUAAAUUGGUAACCUAUGAAAGGAAGAAAAUUUGAUUUUGACAUAGCGUACGCCUGCCCGUUCAUACACACACUUCAUGUAAGCCAAUGCCAAAUGUCAGGUUAUUUUUGUCUUUAUUAUCUUGUGAAGCAGAGAAAACUAAAGAGUCAAUAAAGACAAAAACGGAAAUCGGAAAAUAUUUCUGUAUCCGUGUUGUCUAAAGUUUUAAGCUUAGAGUAAUAAGUAUUGUCAUGUCCACAAUUUUGGAAAUAGAGAAAGAGAAAGUAGCGCGACAGGCCAGCGAAUCUCAAAGAGAAAGAGAGUUAGAGCGUGAGAGAAAGAACAAAGGAGACAUUUUUUCUUGAGGAAAACACGAAAUUUUGUAGCAGCGGUGAAAAAACGAGUUUAAAAUGAGCGACGGUGAAAAAAAAGUGAACAGGAACAUGUACAAUAUUUCCUCCAUAAAACGUAUAACCAGGAAGUUUCUGAAAGUUUCACAUUGUAGUUGUGCAAAACAACUGCACAGAAAUGUAGAAACAAAGUGUGCUGCGCGUGCAAACUUGCUUUUUUGCCAAUUAGACCUAUUGUUGUUUUUUCACCAUUCUCUGGCAUUGCCUUCGCUGCUUAGCAUUUCAAGAUUUUAUAUUUUGUUUGAGCAAACUAUAAAUAUUAUCUAGAGCUUCACUGUUAGCCCUGGCUAAAUCUAUAUAUUAGCUCUAUAGUGGUUUUAUGUUUAGUUAUGUUUCCAACCAUGUUCCAUCACUUGUCAUCUGAAAGGUUCAAUAAGCUUUAAAGUAGGCAUUUUAAUGAUUCACUGUUAUCAUUCAUUUUAUGGUGAAUUCACAAAAGUGCAUUACAUCAAUUCUGUUUGUGAAAACUUCUAUAAUAAUAUUGUGAUAAGUAUACACUUAAAAAUAUCAACCCUCUUUGUGGUCAGUCCGUUUUUGAUUGCUAAGGUGUCCCCUAAUUGAAGGCAAACCUGGGUUUCAAGGCCCAGAAAAAUUGUCCCUUUUCCUUAAAUAGAGGCGUCCCUUCAACAGAAGUAACAGAUACAAAAAUUCUGUGGAAGUUUUUCUGGGACCAAAUUUUUUGUCCGCUGAAUAGAGGUGUCCCAAAGCAAAGGUUCCAUUGUAUUAUGAAAGCGAUUCAAUCAAUCACAUCUCCAAAGUAAAUGCAAAUGUUCAUGUGCACUUCCUAACCGUUGGUUACUGCUAGUAUUGCACAAAUAUGAACUGAAAAAAAUUUCAAGGCCCCCAGUCAUGCCAGACAGAGGCAACUGGUCACCUGGCCUGUGAAAGUUGGCAACAAUCUCUCUCUUUCUGACUGAUUCAAGCGGUCUGGUUGGUGAUGCAUGUAUAUGAAUCUCCAGGGGUUGGCAGGGCUGCAGACUCUGGAUUAGGGGAGGACUGAUUUGAGCCCUGAGCUCUGUGCUGUCACUUGAUUUUCUUAGACAAGAAACUACCUCUCUCCUCACAGUUCUUUGAUUUUGUGUUUACUGACAGCAUACUUCAGGGAGCAAAGCUGUGAUGGACUACAUAUAGCAUCCCAUUCUGGUGGGGGUGGGGGAUGGUGGGGGGUAAAACUCUGCUUGUGCUUCAUGCUCCUAGAAUGAAGAUAAGCUCUUGCUGUGUGAGCGCAUUGGGUUGUUUUAAGUAUCUCUAUAUUGUAAUGGAAUGCUGAGUGAAAAACUGAUAAGUUUGCUUUUCCCUCUUAAGAAAUGAAAUGGGCAGUUUUCAUUGUGGUACUCAGGCAAAGCAGUUACGAAAUAAUUGUUGUUGAGGCAAUCCAAGGAAAGAACCUCAUCUUUGACAUUUUUUAGUUCUAGGUCAUCUCUCCUCUAAUCAAAACAGUGGGAUUCCCAUUACGUACAUGUACAGUGUAUAAUGAACAUUGCUGCUCUUAGCCAUUAAAAGAGCAAUUGAACUUUUUAUCAGUAUUGUACUGUUUAUGUUCAAGAAAAUGCUGUUAUUAUGUUAAAUGCUAAUUUUGGUUAGAUAUUAUUGACCCUGUUGCCACUAUGGAGAUAUACAUGUACAUGUAAUACCACAGGUAGCCCAAGCUUGGAAUAUGAGUAUCUGUUUCAAAUUGUUUCAGUUAUACACUGUCAGUCGAAAUAAUUAUAAUGAUUAGUACUGGAAAAAAGGGAUACCAGUAUAGUCAUGAAUUUGUAUAAAUAAGUAAGCUUACCUCACUUUAGCUAAAUGUUUGUUAACCUCCUGUAUGGUUUACUGGCAGGAGUGGUUGGAGAAACAAAGCUUGAGUUUCACAACUUAAUUCCAAUUUCUAUGAACUUACCAGUAGUAAAAAGCCUUUGUUACAUGUAUGGAGCCCUUUGGUAAAUUUGAUACUCCUUUUUCAGGAUUUGCCGUCCUUUCCUAGCACAGCCUCUACAUCACAGGAAGACCAUGAAGGCAAUUCGGGAACCACUUCCUCCAGGAAAUUGAGAGUAACUCUGUUAAGCAGUGAAUGGAGAUCAACAAAAGGAGGCUUGUCAACCAUCAACCGAGAGCUGGCCAUUCAGUUGGCUAAACACCCCAAAGUGGAGGUCAGUGUUUAUCUCCCUCAGUGCAGUGAAGAGGAUAAACGAGUUGCUGCAAGUCACAAUGUACAUCUUAUUGAAGCAGAAGAAAUGCCAGGUUAUGACAACCCAGUUGACUGGUUGUCCUUUCUUCCUGAAAGCCAUUCUGUCGAUUGUGUGAUAGGACAUGGGGCUGUUCUUGGUCGGCAAGUGCAGGGUAUAAAACGUCAGUGUAAGUGCCAGUGGAUUCAGGUCGUUCAUACAGCUCCUGAAGAGCUUGGUAUGUACAAGUCCUACUCAGAUGCUAUUUCAAAAGGUGAGAAAAAGCACCAGGCUGAGGUAAAACUCUGUGAAAAAGCUGAUCAAGUUGUAGCAGUUGGUCCCAAGCUGGCUGAAGCUUUCUCAGGUUAUCUCCGUGCCUGUGGAAAAGAUCAAGAUGUUCUCAACCUAACCCCAGGCAUCUUCUCAGAGUUUUCUGAUGUAAAGCAAGCCACUGAAGAAAGAAAAACUUUCAGUGUUUUAGUGUUUGGACGUGGUGACAAUGAAGACUUUCAGCUGAAGGGUUAUGACAUUGCUGCUCGUGCUAUUGCUGAGUUGAAAGACGAGCCACAGCCCUAUAAGCUCUUGUUUGUUGGAGCUCCAAGUGGAGAAGAGGAGAAAGUGAAAGAUUUGUUACUCCAGCAAGGCAUCGAUCGCAGUCAACUAACUGUGCGUUGUUUUAAUGAAAGCAGAGAGCAGUUAGCCCGUUUGUUUUGUGAAGUUGAUCUUGCUAUAAUGCCAUCACGAACUGAGGGAUUUGGGCUAGCCGCCCUUGAGGCUUUAUCUGCUGGUCUGCCUGUGCUUGUCAGUGGGAACUCUGGUCUUGGCGAGGCCUUAAAGGAAGUUCCGUAUGGUUCAAGUUGUGUGGUGGAAUCAGAAGAUCCUAAAGAUUGGGCCAGUGCAAUCAAAGCUGUUCGGAAGAAAAACAGGAAGCUGCGACUGAGGGAGUCUAAAGUUCUUCGAGGAGAAUAUGCAGAGAUGUACAGCUGGUUGGAUCACUGUAAUAGACUUGUAGAACGAAUGCUUGCCAUUUCUCAAGGUAACAUGUUUACAUUGUAAACUGGUUUUUGUCGUAUCCGGCAUAAUCAAGCUCGAGAAAAGUGCGAUCAGCCGAACUAAAAACCAAUAAACCAAGGCUGAUAACACUUACCAAGACCUUAAUUAUCCCGGAUACCACGAAAACCGAAUCUAAUAAUCGUUUUAUUAUAAAUUGUUUUGAAGAAAAUAAGGACAGACACAGCAUCGCCUUAAAUCAUGCAUUCACAAAUUGUGCGCGCAAUAACCUACAGAAGUCGCUAAUCUGAUAGCAGAUAACUAACUAAUCUGUAGGUUGCGCUGAUUUCUAAAAUUAACUGUAGGCUCUUAGCAAAUAAGAAGACAGAUACUGUGUGCAAUGUAUAAUAAUUCAAUGUAAUUCAAAUAAUUGGUCUUUGUAUUGUGUACUGUUGGCCUUAGGAA